AUGGGAAAAUUUGUCAUCACUGUAUUUGCUGAAGAACAUAGUCAUCCAUUAUCAACCCCUCGAAGAGUGCAUUUAUUGAGAUCACAUCGUAGUGUGUCUGAAGCCAAGAAGUCACUAACUUUGCAGUUUUCAGCAGCAAAUGUGCCAACUCAUCAACAAAUAAGCAUUCUUGAAUUUGAAGCUGGAGGUAUAGAGAAUAUUGGGUGUACAAAGAAGGAUAUAUAUAACCGUGAAGCUAAGGUGCGGAAUGAAUUAAGAGGACAAGAUGCAGAACUUUUAAAGGAAUAUUUCCUAACCGAGCAAGAAAAUGAUCCAUGCUUCUUUUUUAAAAUAGAUGUAGAUGAUGAUGGUAAAUUGAAGCAUUGUUUUUGGGCUGAUUCGGUGUCUAGAAGAGCUUAUGGAUGUUUUGGUGAUGUAGUUGUAUUUGAUACAACUUACAACACUAAUCAAUAUGGUAUGAUAUUUGCACCCUUGGUGGGGGUGAACAAUCAUGGUCAAACGGAUAGCAUGCCGACGAACAACCCAAAAAUGAUCAUUACCGAUCAAGAUCCUGCAAUGACAAAGGCUAUAGUUCAGAGCUUACCGAAUACAUUUCAUAGGUAUUGUAGUUGGCACAUACUUGAGAAGUUCUCUACCCAUUUAAAUGCGAUCACCUAUAGAGAUUUUUAUAAGGACUUCCAACAAUGCAUUUGGGAAUCAGAAUGCCCUGAAGAGUUUGAAAGAAAAUGGGUGACUACCAUCGAGAAGGCAAGCUUAGAUAACAAUGAUUGGUUAAAAUCAAUAUUUGAGCUACGUUCAAGAUGGGUGCCUGCAUAUGUUAACCAUAUAUUCUUAGCUGGAAUGUCAAGUAGCCAACGUGUGGAAAGCUCCCAUGCAUUUUUCAAGAAAUAUGUUUCGAAGAGAAACUUAUUGAUGGAUUUCAUACUUCGAUUUAAUAGGGCGCUUGCACAUCAACGUCACGAAGAGUUAGGGGUUGAUCACGUUGAUAUUAAUGAGAAGCUUGCAAGUGUAAUUGUGAAUGAUGGUCUUCAAAGUUUGCUAAGCAAGAUUGAAUCCAUAGUUAGCAACACGAAAAGUGGAGGCAUUUCUGAAAAAGGUAGCACUGCUCAUGACUAUGAGGCUUUGAAAGACCCAUCUGCUGUGAGGGCAAAGGGAUGUGGACAAAGAUUAAAAAGGGGAAAGGAGAAGGCAACAAAUGCCGCAAAGUCCUCACAAAAUGAGGAAAGUCCUCAGCACGCCUCGGAAUAUGAUUCUAAAGCUGAUAGUUUGUCUUCCACAGGUUUGCAUGAGAAAACGAAAGGAUGA